CUAACUCCGAAGGACGCAUUCACCUGUCCGGCCUUGAGAACCUCCCAGAGCGCUGGCUUGCGGGGAGGGCAAGGGUCGCCCCAGCGCCGCUGCAAGGCCAGGCUCGCUUUUUUGCAAGCUUUAUCAGAGGCCGCCCGUCCAGCUAGACAAACUGCAGGAGAGUCCUGAUAGGGAAGCGCGUGGGCGCCAAUCUAGAAGACCAAACCCGACCCACCGCGGGCGGCCCACCCAACCCCAUCCGGGAGUCUUCUCUCCGCCAGGGUCCUUCUUGGAGCCCACGAAGCCUAGCAGGGGUGACAGAGAGCCCCUCGAAGGGGUGCAGCGGGCAGGUGCCGACCCGCCGGAGAUCACGCAGCGAGCCUGCGCCUUGAGCCGCCACCUCCGAGCAGUCGCCGGAUUGCCGCUUCCCCGGGAGCCACUUGGCGCUAGGACCUACCCAGAGUCGGCUCGGUCCGGAUCCGAGGAAUUCCUAAGGCCCGCACAGAGGCCGGCGAGCUCGCCCACUCCUCGCGGCCCACUCCCUCCUGCCCCGCUAGUGAAGAUGUCCGCCAAGCCCGACGCCGGCUUCGUGAAAGAGGCUUCACGCCAGAUCCUGGCCGGUGGUUCCGCUGCAUCCCUCCUUAAUUCCAAGGAAAAGCAUUAAGACUGCCAUUGGGGUCUUGUAGAAAUUUGCCUGAUGCACCCCCUCGAUGUGGUGAAAACCAGGUUCCAGAUUCAGAGAUGUGCAACUGAUCCAAACAGUUAUAAAAGCUUGGGAGACAGCUUUCGAACAAUUUUCCAAAUAGAAGGAUUGUUUGGUUUCUACAAGGGGAUUCUGCCACCAAUCUUGGCUGAAACACCAAAAAGAGCAGUGAAGUUUUUCACCUUUGAGCAGUACAAGAAAUUGCUAGGAUACAUGUCACUGUCGCCAGCAUUGACGUUUGCCAUUGCUGGAUUAGGAUCUGGACUCACAGAAGCUAUCGUGGUUAACCCUUUUGAGGUAGUAAAAGUUGGCUUGCAAGCGAAUCGGAACAAAUUUACGGAGCAACCAUCCACGAUGAGUUAUGCAAGACACAUCAUUAAGAAGGAAGGGUUGGGACUCCAGGGCCUCAACAAAGGAUUUACAGCAACUUUGGGACGUCACGGAGUUUUCAACAUGGUUUAUUUUGGCUUCUACUACAAUGUCAAAAACAUUAUUCCUGUCAAUAAGGAUCCAACCUUGGAGUUUUUGAGAAAAUUUGGGAUUGGUCUUCUCUCAGGCACAAUAGCCUCAGUCAUUAACAUCCCUUUUGAUGUUGCCAAAAGUAGGAUUCAAGGGCCUCAGCCAGUUCCUGGAGAGAUCAAGUACAGAACCUGUUUUCAAACAAUGGCAACAGUCUACCGGGAAGAAGGGAUUUUCGCUUUGUACAAAGGCCUGCUUCCCAAGAUUAUGAGGCUUGGACCAGGUGGUGCAGUGAUGUUGCUGGUUUAUGAAUACACCUAUUUAUGGCUUCAGGAGAACUGGUGAUUGCCUAGCAAGUGUUGAGAUCAUGGGUAUUUGCUCUACAGCACCAUAAGGAGAGACUAUCAGCUCAGUUGAUAUGAUUGUAAAUUAUAAUUAUACAAAUACGUAGAGUCAUUAAGGGGAAAUAAUUUAAUCAAGAACAAAACCUAUUUUGACACUUCAGAAAUUCUCUCUAGACAAUUUGAGACUGGUUUUGGCCAUAUCCAUAAAUCUGUGAGAACAAAAAUAGUAUGAAGUAAUGAGGUAUGUAAAUUGAAUAUAGAAAAUAGCAUAGAAAUUAGAUAUAUUUCAUAAAAGCUAUAUAAAUCUCAUGCUCUGUAUUCCUCUUACACUGAUUCACAGUGAAAAUCCAUUGUAUUGAUAAUUUUUUCCCAUGAGGUCAAGAAAUGCUUAAAGUAAUAAAAAAAUUAAGCCAAAAUUUGAACAGUUUUUAUAAGGAAUUAAAUUCUCCCAUAAAUAAUAUUUAAAAGGCACAAGGAAAAUGUUUUUAAAGUACACUAAAAUGGCAUUUUUAAAAGGUUGAAUUUUAUGUUAAAAUUUAAAUCUGGUGGUGGUCUUUAGAGUAAUAAUAAUACACAUCACAACUAUAUUUUCCCAAAACUACUUUAAAUUUUGCACUGUUGUUUAAAGCAGGUCAUAUUUUUAAAUCCGGAUACAUGAAGGUUUUUGUGGCAAAUAGAACACAUGAAAAUUUCCUUCACAUAAUUCCCUUUGAAAAUAGUUUUUCUUGCUGAAAUAGUUUCAAGUUAAAACACAGUUGGAGGGGCGCCUGGGUGGCUCAGUGGGUUAAGCCGCUGCCUUCGGCUCAGGUCAUGAUCUCGGGGUCCUGGAAUCGAGUCCUGCAUUGGGCUCUCUGCUCAGCAGGGAGCCUGCUUCCUCCUCUCUCUCUCUCUCUGCCUCUCUGCCUACUUGUGAUCUCUGUCUGUCAAAUAAAUAAAAUCUUUAAAAAAAAAAACAAAAACACAGCUGGAACCACUCCUUGGGCCCAUUUUUGCUGUCUGUAUUUGCACCCAGGUAUUUUUGUUCAGACCUCUUACCUUUGCCAUUCUUAAAAAGAACUACAUUUCCAAGUUAUCCAUUUUAAGUGACAGCUUCAGGUGUGAAGUCAACUAUCUGUGGUGUAAAAAUGUGUACUGUGAAGGGGAAAAUGUUUCAAAAUAGAAGUACAUUCUUAGCAUUUCCAAAGAUUCCUGUACUAACAUGCACUCUAAGAAAUAGCUCCUUGGCACUGAUAUAACCAGAUUCGAUUUUAUAUUUGCAUCCUGAAAUGAUGCUACUUCAGUAGCUACAGUCAACCAAAAUAUCUGCCCAUUCUAGAUGACACCUGUUCUUAACUACUACUGAGGCAGAUUUCUACCGUGAGGCUCUGUCACUAAAGCAUUCUGAAAAUAAAAAAUAAAAGAUAACAUGAUAAUUAUUACUUUUUAUUAAUUUAGAGCAUUUGAAGUAUAAAAAUAAAGGCUUUUUGACAUACUGUAUAUACAUAAACAGCCUUCGGUUGUACAUCCUUUCCAACGUGGUUUUUUAAUUUAUAUUUCAGCCCAUUAUUCCAGAAGAGGGUCAUUAAAAGUAGGGGGGAAAAAAGAAACAAGAGAAAGAAGAAUGUGUCUGUUGUACAACUGUGUUCUAUCCUUGCAGGUAACGCUCUUGCAUCUUGUGAGGGAGAGAAAUGCCUGCAUAGAGGCCAUGAAAUUGAACCUUGAACCUCUCCCUGUGAAUGGGAUGGAAAAGGAUCUCUGAAGAGUGCAUUUGCCAGUUUAAAAACAACACUUUGACCCCCUAAAAAACAAAGGAAAUAUGUCAACAUUAGCCAGUAAUAAUAGCAUUUAUAAAUCAAACAAUCCCAAUCCCCCAACCCAUCCCUUUUUCCUUCUUUGAUUUUUAGAAGUAGCUUUAAAUCAUAUUUUGCUUUGAAUAGCAAAUUGCAUUUUAACUUUCUGUUGUCUUUCUUAAGUUACUCCAUGUGAAUUCACUGUUGCUAAGAAAAGACCUGGGGGAAAAAGGGAAAAAAAAAUCUUGAUAUCAUUAACAAUAGAUUUUUUAAAAUAAAAGAACCGGAAAAAAUUAUAAAUAGCAUUAACAAGAGAGUUCUUAAUUUAGAUAAAGAAAAUAAUAUUUCAUUGUGUUUCCAUACAAAUGAUUGUUUUUUUUUUUAAGACUCCUAGUAGCCAUCUAAAAAAAAUAUCUGAUAAGGGAUAAUUCUAUACCUUAUGUCAGUUUUUCUGGACGGCAGGAGAGUCCCUGUAUGGUAUGGUUUUAAAGUCUCCACCAAGAUAUUGGACUGGUAUCUUCAUUCCAUUCGGUUUAUAGUCUAUUUUCUCACCAGACUGGGAACUCCAGAUGUCAACAGGAGUUUUAGAAGAUCAAAGGAAGACUAUGGCCCUGAGAGUUCAUCUGCUCGUUCUGCUUAUUCUUCUCCUGAAGUUAUAAUCCUCUGUUUGUAGCACUGAAUUUUGCUUUAGAAAUAAAUGCAGUUUAAAGCUCUCUCUAUAAGAUAGCUGUUGCUUGAAGCAAGCAAUUCCUCAAAUAUAACUUCUGUGUCAGAAAUCUGCUUACUGUUUAUAUGCUAAGGAUCUGAAACCUCGCAUCUGAGUUUUACGUGAAGCCAUGAAACUGAUGUGGCGGAACUGGACUGCCGUGUGGACUGUGCACAGCACAGACAGGAAGAAAUCAGGAUCACCUCACGAAUUCCUCUUUAACAUCCACAUCUAGUGAUGUGCCCUUUUAGUUAUUGCACAGAAUUAAUACCAACAGAAGAAAACCCCACAAUAUAUUAAUUUUCCAAUAGAUGAAUUGUACCAAUGUUUUAAAAAUGUAGUUUCAAGCCUACAUAUUGCCACGCUGGAAGAACUUUCUAAACAGAAGAGAAAAACUGUAGAAUUUUGCCCAAGAAAAGCAGUUGUUUUAAACUACAACACAUAGCACACGCUCACACACACGUAUACCCCACAGCUCUGAGAUUAACAUUGAAGUGAAAACCCAACUGUUCUAGAAAGAUGGAAACUAUGUCCUGUAACUCCAGAAAUGAAUAAAAGGAAUUUAAAACAAUUAAA